AUGCAAAAACCAUUCAACUUCAAACUGCUGGUGCCCUCAAGAGCUCAUUUGAAUCAAGUUUCUGCAGCGAAGCCUCAGGAAACAAGCUUGUUUGAAGAAAACUCAUUUUUUUCUCCUUCAAACCAGAGUUAUAACAGGUGUUCAGAUAUGGAGACAAGCCUGCCAUUCCCAUCCAAAAUGGUGCUUCCUACGAAGACAUCAAGAACUGAAGGCAUGAAAAAGGCCGCAGUCAUGCCAAUGGAAAAGGAGGAGACAUCAUUAAGAUCCAGCCAGCUGUACUCCAGAUUGCUUGAUGAAGCUGAGAAAAUCAAACUAUGGAAGUUCAAAAUUGAUUCUGAGAUUUCACAAAAUGACAGGAAGCUUCAGGAGAACAGAAAAACCAUUGAGACACAGCGCAAAGCCAUUCAAGAACUUCAGUUUGCAAAUGAAAGGCUGAGCAUGAAAUUAGAGGAUCAACUGAAUGAGAAUGAAGAUCUUAGAAAUAAAAGCAAUGCAACCAGAAACUUGUGUAACAUACUAAAGGACACCUUUGAGAGAUCUGCUGAGAAAAUGAAUCUGUUUGAGUCUGAACGGGAAGAAACUCAUGAUCUGUUCGUACAGAACAGUGAAAAUAUUCAGAGGAUGGUGGCAGCAUUUGAAGGACUUCGGAAGCAAGCAGAAGCUGAUCAGCAGGAUAUGUUUAAAUUAAGAGAAUGCCUUACACAAUUUGAGGAUCUUAAAGCGCAGCUGGAGAGUGAAUGCCACUUGAAGGAGAAGGAGGUCGCUAUGCUUCAAGAAAAACUCCUAGAAAAAGAAAACAAUCUCAAAGAUGUUUCACUAAAACUCAAAGAGGCACAGCAAAGCUACAGUGCAAUAGAAUCGUCAACAAGGAAACAUCAGAGGUUACUUCAAAGUGUUACACAGGACCGGGAUGCACUUGAGGAGAAACUCAGGUUUACCGAGCAACUCAAGUGGGAGCUGGAGGAACACCAGAAAGCCCUAACUAACAAAUUGGAACAAAGCAAAGAGAACCAUGAGAAAGCUCUUGAGAAGAAAGACAGUGAAGUACAGGAACUAAACAACAUCAAAAAGCAACAGUCAAACCAGCUUUCAGAGAUGCAGCUGACAGUAAAUUCUUUGCAGUCCUCCCUAACUUCUAACAUACAGAGGGCACAAGACCUUGAGGCAAUGACAAGCACCUUGGUGAAUGAACUCAGUGAUAAAAACACAGAGUUAGAGGUUAUCAAGGGGCAGAAAGAGGAGCAUAGCGAGCAAAUACAGAUACUCAGAGAUGAACUGGAUGAGAAGUCAAACUCACUCUUGUAUAUAAAGGAGGAAUUAAAGACAAGGAAAGUUCAGGUAUUGCAACUUACAGCCUCACUUGAAGAAAAACAUAGUGAGGCAAAUCAUUUAAAGGAUGAAAUGGAGAGUGUCAGCACAGAAAAUAAAAACAUGAAAGAAGCCAUGACAAAAGCUAGACUUGACAACACAGAGCUGCAAGAAGUUGUAUUUUUAAAAGAGGCUAAAUUAAAGGAGGUGGAGGAACAAUUGUCAGGUGCUUUACAGAGCUGUUGUAAAUCAUCAAAAGAGGUAGAAAGACUGGAGAAGGAAAUAGAGCAACAGAAGGUGAAAUAUGAGGAGCUGAUAUUGAAGUUCAAUGAUCUGCAGAUGCAUAAGGACACCAUUCAGCAACAGGUUGAUAGUGAUGCUUUAGAGAAGAAAAUCCUUCAGUCUCAUCUCAUGGAAUGCAAUGCAAAUGCAGAAAGAGAGAAGACAGAAAUAGAGAGACUUGAGAGAGAGAAACAACAACUUCAGGAGCAGGUGGAUGUUUUAUCUGCAAAAAUUGCUGGGUGGGAUGAAGAGAGUAAGAAUGUUCAGCAGCAGUUGAAGGAGAGUGACAAAACUGCAAAACGGGAACUUCUGUUAAAAGACAAACAAAUCAAAGCACUGGAGUCAAAGAUUGACAAAUUGAAGGAAGAUUCAGAAAGUAUAAAGAAGUGUUACAGGGAGGAGCUUCAGAAAAUAAACUCUGAUCUCAAUGACAAAUCAACAUCAGAGGCUAACCUUAAAAUAGAGGUGCAGAAACUGAAGAAAGCAACCAUGGAGGCACUGAAGUGUAAAGAUGACACAGAAAUCAAAUGCCAGCAGAAGAUAUCAGACAUGGUUGCUUUGAUGGAAAGGCACAAGCAUGAGUAUGACAAAAUGGUAGAAGAAAAGGAUGCAGAACUGAGUGAAAAACGGAUGAAAGAGGCUGAAGUCAUUGCAAGCAAAGCAUCACUGGAACUGGAGCUGUCCCACCUGCAAGUUGAAAAUGAAGAGCUCAGACAACAACUUGAAAAGCUCAAAGCAGAGACGAUGGCCUUGAAGACACCAGUUUCAUCUCUUGAAAAAGACAGACUUCAACAGGCAACUGAAAUCAAACUAAAGAAAGGAAGAAACAAGAUCUCUAACCCUCAAAAAGAUGACAUCACAAAGAAGACCGUAUUUGAACUUUUAGAUGAGGGUGAAAAUGUACCUCCAACAAGAAAUGCAUCUCACACUCCUGCUGGAACAAUGAAUGAAGACCUUCAAAUUCCAUUAUGGAGUAAAAUGACUAAAACAACACCUCAAAUAAAGUCGUUCAGAAUUCGCACACCACCCACACCUGAGAUUACAGGGUCUUGGAAGAAAAACAUUCUGAAGCUGGACCCAAAAUCAGACAACUCAGACAGCAAUGACAUACUGAGUUUCUCUCCAAGACCUGUGAAAUCAAAGAAACCUAUGCAACCAAAAGAGGAAGAAAUAGGGAGUUUGGACAUGUUCAAGAAGGUGGAAAAAAAUUACAUAUGACCAGUUUUGUCCUAUUGUUAUUCCUUUAUGUUCUUGUUUUGACUGUCAACAUGUGCAAAUGAUGUACAGGUGCAGAGUUCUUUUCCAUGUAAGUCUCCAGGAACAGU